GGGGCUGCAGAGGAGGCUGGGACACGCUUCUUGGAGCCCGACAUGGCGAGCGGCUUCCGCAGGUCCAUCGCCUGUCAGCUUUCCAGAGUACUGGAUCUUCCACCAGAAAACUUGAUCAAGUCAAUAUCUGCAGUUCCAAUUUCGAGAAAAGAAGAAGUAGCAGAUUUUCAGCUUUCUGUGGAUUCUUUAUUGGAGAACAGCAAUGACCAUUCAAGACCAGAUAUUCAAGCUCAAGCCAUGAGACUGGCAGAGAAGCUAAAAUGUGAUACAGUAGUGAGUGAAAUCAGCACUGGUCAAGGAACUGUAAAUUUCAAAAUAAACAGAGAACUAUUAACAAAGACAGUGCUACAACAAGUAAUCAAAGAUGGCUCAAAAUAUGGAUUAAAAAGUGAGCUUUUCUCUGGUCUUUCCCAGAAGAAGAUCGUGGUUGAAUUCAGUUCACCUAAUGUUGCCAAAAAAUUUCAUGUUGGACAUUUACGUUCUACCAUCAUAGGAAAUUUCAUAGCAAAUCUCAAAGAAGCUUUAGGACAUCAAGUAACCAGAAUAAAUUACCUUGGAGAUUGGGGCAUGCAGUUUGGUCUUCUGGGAACUGGCUUCCAACUGUUUGGCUAUGAGGAAAAACUCCAGUCCAAUCCUUUACAGCAUCUCUUUGAAGUUUAUGUACAAGUUAAUAAAGAAGCAGCAGAUGAUAAGAGUGUAGCAAAAUCAGCACAUGAGUUCUUCCAGCGAUUGGAACUGGGUGAUGUGCAAGCACUUGCACUGUGGCAAAAAUUUCGGGAUUUAAGCAUAGAAGAGUACAUUCGGAUUUACAAGCGUCUAGGAGUACACUUUGAUGAAUACUCAGGAGAAUCAUUUUAUCGUGAAAAAUCUCAAGAAGUCUUAAAGUUGCUGGACAGUAAAGGACUCCUACAGAAAACAAUAAAAGGAACAGCUGUAGUGGAUCUUUCUGGGAAUGGUGACCCCUCCUCAAUUUGUACUUUAAUGCGAAGUGAUGGGACGUCUCUCUAUGCUACCAGAGAUCUUGCAGCUGCUAUAGAUCGAAUGGACAAGUAUAAUUUUGAUACGAUGAUUUAUGUGACAGAUAAAGGGCAAAAAAAGCAUUUUCAGCAAGUGUUCCAGAUGCUGCAGAUCAUGGGGUAUGACUGGGCAGAAAGGUGCCACCACGUGCCCUUUGGAGUAGUGCAAGGGAUGAAGACUCGAAGAGGAGAUGUUACUUUUCUGGAAGAUGUCUUAAAUGAGAUUCGAUUAAGGAUGCUACAGAACAUGGCUUCUGUUAAGACUACCAAAGAACUCGAGAACCCACAGGAGACUGCAGAGAGGGUCGGGCUCGCAGCACUCAUUAUUCAGAGUCGUGGGGACACAGGUGUCUUCCUGCAGUACACACACGCCCGCCUCCACAGUUUGGAAGAGACUUUUGGAUGUGGUUAUCUAAAUGACUUCAACACUGCUUGUUUACAAGAGCCACAGUCUGUUUCAAUUCUCCAGCAUCUUCUCAGGUUCGACGAGGUGCUUUAUAGAUCAUCUCAGGACCUUCAGCCCAGGCACAUUGUCAGUUACCUUCUAACUCUAAGUCAUCUUGCAGCUGUGGCACAUAAAACACUGCACAUAAAAGACAGCCCUCCUGAAGUGGCCGGGGCCAGACUUCAUCUUUUCAGAGCUGUCCGUUCUGUCCUAGCCAAUGGAAUGAAACUUCUUGGGAUAACACCUGUAUGUAGGAUGUGAUUUCUCAUUAAAAUGGCUGUUUAAAUGCUAAACGAAUUCUAGUUAUCUAGUCUUAUGCCUUGCUGUUUAGAAUUUAAACUAUGAUUGUGUUAGAAUCUAUAUUUUAUUGUCUAUGUGAUUUAUCAACUUACUAAAUCAUUAUCCUUAAAAAAAAAGCAUCUGAGUUUCCUCAUAGUCAAUAAGUACUAAACAGACUUUUGUAAAGCUAAGUUCAAUCUUUUAAGAUUCAUUGUGGUCUAAUGGGAAUAAGGAUUAGAGUUUAAACUCUAGUUUGAGGUUUCUUACAGUGUCCUUCCA